AUGCUUGUAUCAGCAGCAGUUUCACAGGGUUUCACACAGAGCAAAUUCAGCGUGGGUCUCGGUGUGAAUGGGCGGAGGAGGGAGGAUAGGAAGGAGAGGGAGCGGUGGAUAGAUCUGGGAAGAGGUGUAGCAGUGUGGCAGGGUACUUGCACAUCUGUCUCCGGCGCGUCUCGGGCUACCAGGUCAUACAGCAGUACAGCGCAAUCAAGGAGGGCGGUGCAAGGGAUAAUAUGCAUCGGUAAUAUUGACGGUGUGAACAGGACACUUGGGUUGACCAUAGCCGCUCAUACCCAUAGCUCACGUGCAUAUGGAGGAUCCAAGGUGAAAUGCGCUGCCAGAUCUGCCAGUGGGAGCAGAGGGAAGGGGUAUCUAGGGGAACGAGCCAGCCAGGACAGGGGUCUGGCAUGUAAGGAAGACUGCACCAAAAAGGAUUUCCGCAUCUCUUGCGGUCAGCGACUGGAUCGUGGGGUCCAAACAGUCAUUCACCACCCGCUCAUCAUCCUCACUUCGACCCUUAUCCCUCACAUCCGAUCAUCUAUCACGGCAAAGCUGAUAGCCCCCGCUCAGUCUAGUCGACCGUCACUUUACCCCAUCACAUUUACGAACCGAAUCAAGUCAGACGCAGCAGAUAUGAACCCUUCCGAGCACCUUCACGUUCUCAAGACAGCGAUCACUGCCGCAUCUACAGCCGAGCAGCAGGGUACCGAUGCCGGAACAGUCUACCGUGCCGCCCUCGAGGCCUUUGCGACGUAUGUGUCUCAGAUUGCGGAGGACGACGCCAAGGUGGCGCAGAGCAUAGAGUCUGCGGAAGAACACAAUCAGGAACUCGAAAGGUUGCUCGCCGAGAGUGAGACGGAGAUCCAGGGGUUGCGCAAGCGGGUGGACGAGCUGGAGGGGGAGAGGACAGUAUGUGAAUCUCAAAGGGCGAGUACAAGGGCGAGCACGUGGCCUGGUGGGACGUUUCUGCAGUGGCUGUUGAGACCGCGGGUCGAAAGCACGCACAGCCGGACUGAGAUGGAUGAGCGAUAA